UAAGUGAAAGGAGGGGGAGGGAGAAAGAGAGAAGUUAAGAGAAAGUGACCAUCAUAUACUGUGAGCAAGGACCAACUCCAUCUUCCAUUACACUUGCUUGCAAACUAUAUGCACUACUACCUCUGAUAGAUGUCUGUGCCUAAAAUAGAGCAAAUUUCUGCACCUGUGAUACUUGGUGAAGGGCCUCACUGGGACCACGAUGCUCAAGCACUAUAUUACAUUGACAUUAAAGGCUCUACCGUCCAUAAGUAUGUUCCUGCCACCAAUACACACACGACAGUGAAAAUUGACGGUGGUGAAGUCUCACUUGUCAUUCCACUUGAAGGGACAAAAGACAAGUUUGUGAUUACUGUAGGGCGUAAUGUUGCUAUACUGACAUGGGAUGGUGAAAGCAGCACUCCUACAGAAGUGAAAUAUGUUAGUGCUGUUGACAAUGAAAAAGAACUUCAGGAUAACAGGCUAAAUGAUGGCAAGGCAGAUCCUAUUGGUCGACUCUGGGCAGGAACGAUGGGUGCAGAGUCAGAUCCAGAAGACAAAUUUCCACUAACCUUAGGAUCACUUUUCAGUUUCUCUAAGGAUUGGAAACCGACAAAACAUCUGUCAAACAUUACAGUAUCCAAUGGCCUGGCUUGGAGUGAAGACCUAAAGUCAAUGUACUACAUUGAUUCCCCAACAAGGAAAGUUGAGGCUUUUGACUUUGAUGCUGAAAGUGGCAAAAUUUCCAACAGACGUACAGCUUUUGAUUUUGACAUACACGACGUUCUUGGAUUUCCAGAUGGAAUGGCAACCGAUACCAAGGGAAAAUUGUGGGUGGCUUGCUUUGAAGGAAGUCAGGUGAUUCGAGUGGAUCCUGCAAAUGGAAAACUGUUGAGGUGCAUCCCUAUUCCUGCAUUAAAAGUGACAUCUGUUGCAUUUGGAGGACCACAACUUGAUGAACUUUAUGUCACUAGUGCAGAUAUUUUGACUGAGGAACAAAAGAAAAUGUACCCAGAAUCCGGUGCCACUUUCCGAGUGACAGGUCUUGGAGUCAAAGGAUACCCUGGUCAAGCUGUCAAGUUGUAAUCUUGUUUUCCAAAACAGUGCAUAAGCAUUGAACAGUGGAUACACGAUCAUCUUCCUCUUUUCACUUGUGUAAAAGUGACCAUGUUAAUACUGCAUAUUAUAUCUAACUUGAAUUUAGUGUUUAUUCUCCACAUCUGAUUUAUAGUUCAACAAGAAUAUUUUCAGGGCAAAAUAAAUGGUAGCAGUCGAUCACUAAAGUUUACAAAAAGUGGGAUAUAGAAAAAAAUUGAUGUUGUUGAAUGUACUAUGGAUGAAAAUUAAAGUAAUGAAUGCUGCCAAAAGGAGUUGACAAAUCCUAGGAAAUAUCUUUAUAUGAGAGUUAGUCAGAAAGUUUCCACAAUGAUUUAUUUUACAGCUUGUUAUGAUGGCUGCACUGUUUAUUCUGUGAGCGGAUAGAAGCAUGAACACACUAUGUUACUGUUAAAUACUUUUGACCUUAACCGGCCAGUUGUGGUGUCGUUUUAGUAGAGUUAACGUGGAUGCUCCACUUUCUGUUUGCACCAAAGAACAGUCUGCUAAGGCCUACUGAACCGUUAACAUAAUGAAAGUCACACUUUUUGAGGCACAAUGUCACUGGGGACAAGACGUGGAUCCACCAUUACGCCCCAGAAAGCAAACAACACAGUAUGGAACGGAAACAUCCGACAUCACCAGUCACAAAAGUGUUAUGUUGACACUUUUCUGGGAUGUACAGGGGCCAAUUUUGGAACACUACGUAGCAAAGGGCACAAUAGUAAAUGGUGUCCAUUAUACUGAAAUGCUUUGGGACCAGUUGAUGCCAGCUAUUCAAACCACAUGCAAUUGAAAAGGGUGGGACUAUAUAAAAAAAUAAUGCCAUGGAACAUACUCGUUGUCACUGAAUUAUUUAAUAAAAAUUUAAUUGCAGAAACUUUCUGACUCACCCUCAUAUACAGUUAAAGUGCAGAAAUGAAUUUUUUUAUACCUUUAGGCAUGCAAAUAUAAAACAAGCAAGUAACAAACAUAUGAAUGUUAUAGAAACAUUAAGACUCGAGAUUGUACACGGGAUGAGAAUCUGAUUUUUGAAUAUUCAUAAAUGAAUAAAGCAUGA